AUGGGGUGGAUUGAGAAUAAUGGACUGAUAACUGCUGAUGAACCCAUGCGAGGCCCUGCUAACGAUUUUGAUGGAUUUUGGCUGUGGAAAAUUAACCCUCUAGAUGUCAAACACGGAAAAUAUGGUACCUUCAAGGAGAGACAAAACUUGACGAUUGAUGAAAAGUUCGAGUACAAAAGGGAUGGAAAUGAACCCGGACUCGUGAUAAUUUUCAAUCAUGAAAAUUUUGAAUCUCCAGACCUCAAACCCAGAAGAGGUAGUAGGAGAGAUGUCAACGAGAUUAUAACAUGUAAACAGAGGCAAGGAAUCAAUAUAUCAGAAGAUAAUAUUUUAACUGACGCAACUACAAAAGAAAUAUCUGAUAAACUGAAACAAGACUAUCAGUUCGUCUCGACUCCAUGGAAUGAGAGACAUUCCGUCAGGUCGCUCUCCAUAAUCUCGACUGACUCCCAGCGGUUCUGGGCAGAAGGGCUUUCAGCAGUCGACAAAGCUCGUUCGAUCAAAUCAUUGACCGUGGAAUGUCUGAAAGAACGACCUGAACUCAAUUUGCAGCUCAGUCCCCAUACAUGUCGUUGUGAAGCUAUCAUCACAGAGAAGGGUAUCCACGGACUGAGCUGCAAAUUGAGUUCAGGUCGUUCUUUCAGACAUUCCACGGUCAAUGAUUUGAUCGAACGAGCUUUGUCGACUGCUGAAAGCCCUUCUGCCCAGAACCGCUGGGAGUCAGUCGAGAUGAUGGAGAGCGACCUGACGGAAUGUCUCUCAUUCCAUGGAGUCGAGACAAACUGA